GCUGCUUCUCGUUCCCCGCACGAAUUGGACCAGCUGUUUCUCAGCGACUCGACAUGGCCUUUGACAGCUUCGCUCUCUACCAAUCGAAACGUCCGCCAUGAGCAACGGAACAUCUCCUGCCCAGUUUAUCAACCUACAGCCGGUACCGGCUCUCAUUGGCGGUGAGCCAUUGACGUCUUCCAAGACGCUCUUCGAUGUAGUCCGUCCUGAGCGCGGAGACAGCGCCAAGGUCCACUCCGUCGUCUCGUGCUCCGUCGACGACGCCAAUAGAGCAGUCGACGCAGCUGCAAAGGCGCUGCCAUCAUGGAAGUCGACGAGCUUCCCGGAGCGUCGUGCAAUCUUUCUCAAGGCUGCCGAUCUCCUUCGUGGCCGCAUCGAUGAGUACGUCAAGCUCACCACCGACGAGACGUGCCUUGAUUUGUCAUUCUCCGGCUUCGAGCUGGCUCACCUCGCCGUGCCAGGUCUAGAGGAGACGGCAGCUGUCAUUUCGACGGCUCUUCGAGGUGAAUUCCCACGUCUCGACGGCUCUGGUCGUCGCGAGCUCAUCCAGCGCGAGCCCUUUGGCGUGGUACUCGGCAUUGCGCCUUGGAACGCUCCCUUCUUCCUCGCCCUUCGCGCUAUCCUCAACCCGCUCGCUGCUGGCAAUACUUGCAUUCUGAAGACGUCGGAGAACAGCCCACGAACGCAUCUGGCAGUUGCCCAGCUCCUCUACGAUGCCGGAUUGCCAAAGGGUGUGCUGUCCGUGGUCCACUCGGCGCCCCAGGACGUCGUCGAGGUGACCAACGCCCUCAUCCACCACCCGGCCGUUCGCAAGAUCAACUUCACUGGGAGCACGCGCGUCGGCCGCCUCAUCGCCAUGGAAGCUGCCAAGGCUAUUAAGCCCAUCGUCCUUGAGCUCGGUGGUAAAGCGCCGCAGAUUGUCCUCGACGACGCUGACAUCAAGGUUGCCGCCAACAAUGCGGUCAUUGGCGCCAUGAUGAAUCACGGGCAAAUCUGUAUGUCGACGGCCAUCAUUCUCGUCGACGCCAAGAUUGAAAAGUCCUUCCUCGAAGAGGUUCAGCGCCUGUUCUCAGAGAACAAAGAAGCCCUCGCCGAGUACCGCAAAGCUCCAGGCAAGGCUCGCGCUCUCUUCACCGCCGCCUCAGCCAAGCGUGCGAAUGAGAUCCUCGAGUCGACGCUCCAGGCUGGCGCUAAGAUUGCUGCGGGCGAUUCGAGCGCCAACGACGUCGAGCAUGCCUCUGUCAAGCCAGUCGUCGUAAGCGGCGUCAAGCCAGAGAUGCGUCUCUUCCAAGAGGAGGCGUUCGCGCCCAUUCUCUCCGUCACUACCUUCACCUCGGACGAUGAGGCUGUCCGACUGGCCAACAGCAACUCUGCCGGUCUAGCCGCGGCAGUCUACGGCAGCGAGGUGCGAGCUGUGCGUUUGGCUCAACAGAUCGAAGCAGGGCAGGUUCACGUCAAUGCGAUCACAGUGCACGACCAUCCGAGCAUCCCGCACGGUGGCUGGAAGGAGAGUGGGUUUGGGCGCUUCAAUGGCGUGGCGGGUCUGCACGAGUUUACGCAGACGAGGACCAUCACGAUGAGCGAGCCCCAGGCGAUGCCUCUCGUGGUGCUGUGAGGGGGGCGAGAACAUGCAAAGGGACACUGUCAAUGGAUCUCGUACAAAUCGCAAUGCAUUGCUGGUCAUCGUUGCGGCGACGAUCAUCUUGCCAUUCGAACCACCACUUCGCCGCCAUCAUCAUGUCCGUACCUUCGCCGACUUACUCCAAUGCCGUCGCAACCGUCGGUUUGGCUUUGGCUGGUGUCCAAGCU